AGACACAGCUUCUCCCAGUGGAUAUACCUCCGCGACCAAAAGCAGACGCCGGCAUGUCUUCGCAGUUUAGGCUGGGGGCUGUAGCCCUGACUGUCCUCCUGGUGGCCGGUCUCGUACCACCCACGGAGCAGAGUCAUCAUAAAAAGAAGCUCAAGCUGGGCGCUGCUGUGGCCGCCGCUGUUGUGGGCAAGGUCACGCCUCUGGCCUUGGCAGCCGGGGCCGCUGGUGCAUCGCUCGUUGGCAGUGCGGCCGUGUCUCACCUCAUCAACUCUCACCACCACCACGGCGGCCACCACCACCACCACCACUUCUUGCCCGUCCACCACACGCACAAGGUCCACAUACCCAUCCCGUUCCACAUUCACUCGCACAGCGAUCACCACCACCAUCAUGGCCUGGUCGACUUCGGCUACGCGGAUCACGGAUUUGGUCACGGUCACGGUCACGGCUUCUUCGCUGACUACGGUCACGGCUUCGGCGGUGGCCUGGUGGGCGGGUUCGGCUACGGUGGACACGGAGACUACGAUGGCUGGUGGUGA